AUGGAGCCAGACUGGAAAGAGAUUGCUAGAAAUAUAUCUGAUUAUGUUGAUAAUGAUACAUUCUUAUCGGCAAGAAGUCCUCAACAGAUAGCUAAAAUUCUUAGUUAUGCAAAAUUAAGUCCUUGCGAAUUUGCAACAUUAUUCACAAAUCUUUCAAAUUAUCAUGGGAAAGCAGACAUAUUGAUGAUGCUUAGUCGUGCACGUUUAAAAGAUUUCAACAGUCAAGAAGAAGCAUCUGAAAUUUCUGAAACGAUUACAUCAAUCCUCGGAAUUCAAAUUCUUGAUUCACUAUUUUCUUUCUACCAAAACAAGCUUCAACAAGAAAUUUCGGAGACAAAAAAUCACACAUCCCAAUCUCCUGUUCCUGAAUAUGCCAAUAUUGAUGUAUUAUUAUCAUCAGGGAAACGAUGGAGGUUCGAUGAUAUUGAUUUAAAUACCAGCGUUGAAAAUUUUAAAUCAAUAGUUCACGAGAAAACUGAUAUACCGAUCGAAAAUCUAGGAAUGAUCUCUGCUGGUCAACUUAUGAGAAAUGAUCAUACACUAAAAGAAUAUAAAAUUCAAAAUGAUUCCACAAUUAGUUUGUUUUAUAGGCACCCAGUUAAUAUAAAUGAGAUUCUUCGGCGUUAUGAUGAUUUAACUCAUGAAAUUUAUAUUAAAUCACUUCCUGGAAACAUUGACACUCUGAAAGGCGUAAGUCUAAAUAUGACAAUAGAAGAUUUGAAAAUAUUUAUUGAUUAUAAAUUAGGCGUAUAUCCUGAAUCUCAAAGACUCAUUUUUGCUGGAAAACAAAUGGAAGAUGAAAAUACAUUGAUGGAUUAUAAUGUUCAUGAUGGAGAUACAAUUAAUCUUGCUUUAAGGUUAUGUGGCGGAAAACCAGUGAUUUAUUUGUAUCCAAAGGAAGAAAUCGAUGCAAAGGUAAGUAUCAAAAUCAAUGAUGGUGAUUUUUCAUUCGUGUAUCCUUCAUUCGACAAAGAUAACACGUGGAAUGUGAAAGCACUCCCAUCAGGCGAGAUCGUCCACAGAGGAAAGAAGUUGAGGUAUCUCUUCUGGGAAACACUCUUCUACCCUAAUCUUAACAUGGCAAAGGAUUCAUCAUCAAAGGCGAAGAUAGUGUCUCUUUCUUCGAGGAUAAGCUGA